AUGUCUUCUUCAUCGCAUGCUGAAGAAAGGUCAACUUCUCAAGGAUACCUUCCGCGUGGAGGAGCCUGUAAAUGCGAUGGGAAACGCCCUAUAUGUUCUCAAUGCGACCGCGCAGGACGCGCCGAGGACUGCGAAUAUACAGUUGGUCAAGAACGGUCAACAGUCCAGAUUUUAGAAGAAAACAUUAGCAGAUUGGAAGCUCGGAUACAAGAACUACAGAAUCCAGCACCUCCGGCUUCGUCUGCUAUUGAGCUCCAUCAGCCCUACGGUGUUAGUUCAUCUGAUUUCAAUGGUAUCGGUUCCAACUCACGCUAUUUACUACAGGAUCUUCCAGCACAUCUUGCAGAGGCAUUAAUCAAUAAUUUUAUGCCGCACGCAGGCCAAAUUGGUUUUUUCUUGAACCUGCCACGGUUCCAAGCAUCUCUGCUCAAUGGCCAAGCACCAGGAAGAAUGACGCGGCCGUCUUGCGCAUUGGCCGCAGCGACCUAUCUAUGGGCUAUACGCCUUUCGAAUGAUCGCUCAGUCAAGGCUCAUGAACAUACAUAUCUAACACGCGCAACACAGCAAGCGGCUACUGCACUCUCGGGGCAGCAUCCUGACAGAGUAAUGCAAUCUAUACAGGCUGAGGUUCUCCUUGCCACGUAUUUCUUUGCGAAUGGGAGAUUUUUCGAAGGGAAGUACCACGUAACUACCGCGGUCUCCAUGGUCUUUUCGGCAGGUCUGCAUAAAAUUCGGUCAUCUGCUCCCCAGCAGCAGAGUGUAACUGGAAGCAGUACACGUCUCCCUGAGCCCAAGGACUCAAUCGAGGAAGGAGAAAGAAUCAUGGCAUUAUGGACUGUGCUGGAUCUUGAUAAACAUUGGGCAAUUGCCCUGGAGCAUACCCCAAAUUUCGAGUAUUCAACUCAUCCCCUUGCUACCAAAGUUGACACUCCAUGGCCUCUUGAGAUGGAUGAGUUUGAGCAGGAUCGUCUACCAUCUUAUGCAAUCACUUCAAACACGAUAUACAAUUUCCUAAAUUCUAUAACAACCCCAGAUCUUGGGAUAUCCCUACGAGCAAUUGAGUCAAAAACAGCCAUACUCUGGGAACGUGUUGCUGUGUUUACGCGUAAAUGCAACGCAAGAACCUCUCAGCAGUCUUUACAGCCGCUCGUAGAGGAGUUUACAGGGCUUUCCAACCUUUUGGAUAGUGUUCUAGGCCUACUUCCGUCUCUUGACCCACAGUCCAUUGGGCGGAUUCAAAGCGUAGAAAUGGCUCGGCGUUAUGGUGUCGUGUACAGCAUCCUAUGCUCUGCGUUCAUUCGUCUUCAUGCUCCUUUCGCAUUUUCGGGGAGGAGCGAAUCCUCACUUCGGAAACGCCUUUCAAUGGCGCGUACCAUUUUGGAGCUCGCGAUCGGCCUCCGGGGAAGAGGUGUCGGGUAUCUGAACCCAAUCAUUGGUACUGUCUGGAUUGAGGCGUCUCAAGUUGUUUUCGACGAAGUUUCCCGCAUCCGUUCCAUGAGAACAUCCGGUACUUUACUUCCCGGGGGCCCUGAUGAGCGAGUGAUGCUGGGUCUCGUUAACCGAGCUACCCAAGCCAUGGCAGGGUUCACGAUGAACAUUCCCUUAACAAGUUUCCAAGUUGCAAAAAUACAAGAAACUUCUCAGUUGAAUUAG